AAACUUAACACAUAAUUGAUUUGGUUUGAAUAUUUGGAUAGAUAAUCAAUAGAUAUUUUAAAUAAUUUUGAUGUUUUGAGUAUAUUUUAGCUAUUUUAGACAUUUACUUUGAUUAUUAGUAUAUAUUUUCAAGUAUUUUGGACAAUUUAAAAAUAUCUUAUAUAUUUGGGAUGUUCCUAAUAGGCAUUAAAUCUAAAAUAUAUUUAUAUAAUAGGGGUACAAAAAUCAAUUUCGAUACAUUCAGAAAUAGAUUUGAUUUGUAUCAACUGGGUUUUUAUUUAAUUUCGAGAUUUUUUUUUCAGAAUUAGUAUUAUAUUUCCAAUUUUAUUUAUUUUAGGAUUAUGUUUUCAGUUUUUAAAAACUAAAACAUAAUAAAGUCUAUCGUAAUUAAUUUUUUGUUUCAUUAAUCUAAAUUUAAAAUAUCAGUGAUUUAGUAUUAGAUUGAAAUCCAGUUUUUAAUAUUACAAAUACAAUUAAUGGAAAACUAAGUUAUAGUUUAUUUCUGAUUUUAAUUAUAUAUAAAUUAAAUAUUGUAAUAAGGUUUAUUUUCUUCAAUUAGUUUGGUAUAUAUAUUUUUUAAUUUGAUAUUAGAUAAGAUUUUCUUUAGUUAUUAUUCUAAUCGCUUAAAUGGUUGCUUAUCCUUUGAAUAUUAAUUUUUGUAUUUCCAUAUUAUAUUAUCUUGUAUAGUCAGCCUCCCUCCCAACUCGCUAGACUCAAUGUCAGUCAGUCAUGUGUGAUGAUGGUGAGGUCAUGUUAUUUAAGCGGGACCGACGGGAUAUGUGUUGCCUCCGAGACUUAGGCAUGUGUUUUGAGAUUUUUCGAUCGGGUAGUUUCUAGGACGUUUCUGUAUCUACAUGUUUUGUUGGCAACCGAAAUCUUUUAACUGCCGUCAAACCUUGGCCAAACCGGCAAGACAGCCGAUAAUGCUUUGACGCAUUCUUCUUCUAUAAAUAUAAGACCAACCUAUUUACUACUUGACAUUUUCCAUAUGAUUUUAGUUAUAACUACUUCUCUCUACCUUCCGUCACAUCUCCGUCUCAUUCCUCUGUCAUCUUCCUACUUGCAUCACUGUUCACUUAUUCGGUGUCUCACCAUUUCAUUAAUCUGAAUCUUUUGUACGUCGACAUAACAUUUGUACAACUUCUUUUUCAAAAAAAAAAACAUUUAUACGACCAAGUGAAUGUUUUGUUUGCACAAAGCACAAGCAUUGUGUAUUUGUGUUCAUAACUUGAUUUGGAUUCACUCUGAUCACUCUAUGUAAAACGUUUCAGGUUUUGGUAUGGAGUAUAGUGGAGGAUGAAGCAGGUGGUCUGAAAAUAAGGUGCAUGUAGAAGGUGAGGGAUUUUGGGUUCGGUGUUGAACUCAUAAACAGGAUCCAGAAGGUUGCUGAAGCCUCUGGUCAUUAGCCUUCUCUCCAUUUGGAAAGUCGUACUCAAGUUCGAGCUGAACUAUCCACCUCUUCCACUGGUAUGUCAACACAAAAACGAAAAAAAAAACAAAAGUGUAAGCUUUCAAGUUUCAAUACAUUUUGCAAGUAGCAGGUGCGUAAACUAUCCACCUUUUUACGCUAUCAAGCUUUUAAAACAAAAGUGUACACUUUCAACACAUUUUUUUUUGACAAAACUUUCAACACAUUUAAAAAUGUUUUUUUGAAGCGUUUUGUAAGCAAGCUUCCAAUUCAAGUUUUAAAGAUGGAAACAUACAUCUGAGAAAUCUUAUAUGCUACUUUGAUUCAUAUAGUGAUAUAUAAAAUCUAUAUUUCUUUAGCUUUUAGAUAUUGAUUUGAGUUUGGAAUUAGAUGAAAAUUAAGUAAAAAAAUAUUAAUUUAGAAAAUCUUAAUUGAUAAUAAUGCUUAAUAUUUUUUUGUCAAAAGGUUUACUACAAAUUUUUAAUGAUUUUAAGUCUAAAGACUAAGUGUAUUUUUUAAAAUCUUAAUUUAUUUAAAUUGCUGUCUACUUUAAUAUAUGCCACAAUAAAUAUUAAAUAUCUAGUUUAAAUAUUUGAAUAAUGAUUAAAUAAUUUUAUUACAAUGCAAGAACGAAUCCUAAUCUUAUUUCCAUAAGAAAAUAAAAUUUUGGCUUGAGUCGAAUAAAUUUACAAAAAGAAAUUUGCUUUUCAACUUUCAUUUAGUUCUCUUUAUCAUAUGGCCAAAUUAAAUAAUCAGGCCAAUCAGACCAAAUUAUACAUACAAGAUAAAGAGAAUGGAUAAAAGGAUUCCUAUAAGAUGAGGAAAGAAAAUAUAUAUUAUAGUACAAAAGUGGUAUAUAAUAAAAAUUAUAUUUUGAUAUAUUAAUUUAGUUAUGAUUAGUAAGGACUGUAGCUUUAUAUUUUUUGAUGUAGAAUUUAAUAUGUAGAUUUAUUUGUUGUAGUUUUCAUUGCUGUAGUUUUUUAAAACACUAAUUUUUUGCUCUCGAAAUAAAGUUCUCUAUAGUCUACAGCCAUUUUUAAUUUUCUAGAGAUUUUUUUGAAGUAGUUUUUUUAAAGAAAAGAAAACUUGAUUGGUUGACAUAUAUGACUCUGAACUAAAUUUUGACUUUCUAAAGCAUUUACGGCCACAGCCAAUCACCAUAUUCAAUGACUAUUGAGAAAUGCAACUCACUUGAAGCAUGAUUUUAUUCUCAAUAUCUUUUGGAGAUCACAUAACUCUUAUAGAUAUUAUGGAAAAGUUAAAAAGAGUUUAUGAUAAAUAUCUAACUUACAUGUUAAAAUAAUUAUUAAAUAUUUUUUUUUCAUAAAAUUCCCGCGCAAGCAUGAAGCAUAAUGUUAUUUUCUAUAAGAAAAUAACUAUACUGACAUGAGACAAAUCAAUUUUUCAAAAAUGUUUUAUUUUUCCUUCUUCCAUCUAGUUUUUUCUCAUAUGAUCAAUCAAAACAAAUUACAUACAUUAAUCAAACUAAAUUACAUGCAUGAUAAAAUGACAAACCGAAGGGAUAAUCAGGUUCCUAUAACAUUAAUAAAGAAAAUAUAUAUAUAAAAAGAAAAAUAUAUACUAGUGACCAAAUACAAUACAUAUAUAUAUUAGGAAAUAAAAUAAUAUUAUUGACCAAUACCAAAGUAGAAUAAAAUAUUUAUCAUAAAACUCAAUAUUUGACAGUUAUGUUUCCAACAAUUGAUUAGAAGCCCUACACCAUUUUUCUUAUAAAUUGAAUCAUAUUGCAUUACUUAAUUUCAUCAAGAAUCAACUUACAAACAAAUCAUAUCUUGGACAUCUAAGUCUUCUCUUAAUCAUAUCUGGAAACCCCAAGUAUAUUCAUCAUGUCGGUUAAGAAUAUGUUCUUUAUUCUAGUGAGUAUAUGCAUUGCCUCUUCCGUUAAUGCUCAGUUACCGCAGUUUCCUUUUCCGCUUCCAUUUCAACCAAGUCCUGGUAUACCAGGAUUUCCAUUUCCAUUUCCAUUUCAACCAAGUCCCGGUGGUAUGCCAGGAAUUCCUGAUAUGAGAAAAUGUUGGUCAACAUUUAUGGAUAUGCCUGGAUGCUUUGCAGAGAUCAGACAAUCUAUUAUCACUGGAAAAUUUGGUAGUAUAGGUCCAGCUUGUUGUAAAGCUUUCUUAGAUGCUGAAGCCAACUGCACACGCAAUCUUCCAUUCAACCCGUUUUUCCCUCCUAUGGUAAAGGAACAAUGCUCCCGAGCUGCUGAUCCUCCAACAACAUUGUAGGAUUAAGUAUUAGCUACGCGAAAGAUUAAUUACAAAAAAGAAGGCUGUGAUCUAAUAACAAUAUUGUUGCAUUUCCUAUGUUUGAGUCAACGAAUAACAAAAUCUUUAAGCAUUUCAUCUAUUCUAGUAAUAUCUAUUAUUGAAGUUAAAGAAUCAGACAAAUAAAGCAACAUAUUUUGAGAAAUGUAUGAAUCUCAAAACAUGUCCAAUGUUUGGUUGAUGAAUAAAUCCUUGAUCCUUUUAUGUCACAUUAAUCAUACAUUAUACAUUUCGUAACUUUCGAAGUUGUUUAUUUAUAUUAGAUGCCAAUACUUGUUUUUAUGUCAAAUGAUUUUUAAAAUAGUGACUAAUACAAAAUUAAGAAUAUUUAUGCAUAUAUACAUAUGCUUAUUAUUAUUAUAUGAUAAAGAUCAUACAUACAAUAUGUAUUUAUUUGAUAUGAUGGUUACUCAAUGGUAAUGAUUGAAGAGAACAUGGAUCUUUUGUUGAAUAUAGAUGAAAACUCUGUGAUACCAUAAUCAUUAAGGUCAUUCAUCCCUUGGAUUCACCGGUUAUGGAAAAAACGAAAUGUCAUCAUGAUCUUGGUUGGAAACAAAGAUGAUAUUAGACUUGUGGUGUUGAGAGCACAAGAGGAAGCGAAACAGUUGACUGAGAUAAUUAAUAGAGUAUUUAUGCCUGGUGCACAACCAAUUUGGAGCGACAAUGGACGAUACCACGGCUGAAUAUAGGCAACUGCCAGUAUUCAUUCGCCGUGGGUUAAUGCCUCGGCUUUGACUGGUGUUGCUUGGUUGUUGAGUGAUCAGUCUGGUCAGGUUUUGUAUCACAACAAAGAAGCAUUCACUCUCACGAACUGCCAUUUUUUGGUUACGAUGAAGCCUACUUAGUUUGGCUGUUUGUGUUGCGAGAUAUUCACAUCAGUCAAGUAAAAUUUGUAUCUAACGAUAUGACGGCUCACACUACGUUUUUUCUUCUUAUUAUGUUGGCUUUGUUCGCAUAUUAUAAUAGAAAGAUAAUGUUCUAUUAAUCGCUUACGUUAUUCAACACAUUUGUCUGUUUUCUACCUUCCGUCUUAUUUUAGUUUCAAACUUCACACUUCUUUUGUUCAAAUGGCUUCGAAUGGAACAAGUCAAAGGUAAUGGGUCGGCCUCCAGCCUCAGCUGUCAGCUGUGAGUCCGGAUGGUCAUUGAGUCGCCCAGCUCCAAGUCUUUUUUGUAGAGUCAGUGAGAAUGUUGUUGCUGAAGAAGAUGAGAUUGUAAAAUGGAGUUGGAGGAUUACUCUGU